AUGGCCUCCACUGCAAGAUCCCUCACAAACCCUCUUCUCCUCCGCCGUUUAUCCCGCCGCACCACAAUAUCGUCGUCAUCGUCAUUGAUACCAUCAUCAACAACACUAAUCCGCCACCAUCCAACCCGCCUCUUCACAUCAUCAUCCACAUUAUCAACAUCAUCACCCCUCCUAUCAACCCCUCCAAAACGCCCCACCCCCUUCCCAACCAUCACCCGAAAGCACCACCAACACCAACAACACCGCACCCUCUUCAUCCAAACCGAACCAACCCCAAACCCCGACGCUCUAAAAUUCAUCCCAGGCCUUCCAGUCCUCCCCGCCAACGCCUCAAGCAUAGAAUACACCUCAGGCCGUCAAACCACAAACUCACCCUUAGCAAGAUCAUUAUUCCAACUCGACGGGGUAACAUCAGUAUUCUAUGGGCCAGAUUUUAUCACAGUCACAAAGGCACCGGAUUCUUUAUGGCAUUUGUUGAAACCUGAGGUGUUUGCUUUGAUCACGGAAUAUUUGAAUAAUGGACAGCCGGUGGUUCAGGGAGAGAUCUUGGAGAAUGAAGAUACUAAGGCCCAGGAAGGAGAUAGUGAGGUUGUAAGUAUGAUUAAGGAAUUAUUGGAUACUAGGAUACGACCAGCUAUUCAAGAAGACGGCGGCGACAUCGAAUACCGCGGCUUCACAGACGCCGGCCAAGUCCUUCUAAAACUCCGUGGCGCCUGCCGAACUUGUGACUCCUCAACCGUAACCCUAAAAACCGGCAUCGAAUCUAUGUUAAUGCACUACAUCGAAGAAGUAAAAGGUGUAACUCAAGUUCUAGAUCAAGAGGAAGAAAUCGCCCAACGGGAGUUCGAAAGGUUUGAAGCGAAUUUGGCCAAGUUGAAGGGUAAUGAUGCCGUACCUAAGACCAGUGGGCCUCAUGGUAUUGACGCUGCUGCUUAA